UAUGCAAGGUGUCUUCGCUCCCAGCCUCAUUUAGAUUGUUGCAUGUGCUUUUCCUUUUUACCUACCCGUGGACCUUGGUAUUUGAGCCAACCAAUUUUCUCUCGCGAUCAUCAUUGUUCGCCGUCGAUCGAGACAGCUUAUUGUCAUCCACCCUAUCCAUCCACUCAUUCAUUCCUAGGUUAUCGCGUAUUCCGUCUAUAGGAAUAAUGAGCAACCGUAAUCGCAAUCAUCUAUAAGAAUUACCCAUUACUUGUAAAAUUUCUGCGAGUCCCGAAACUCUGCGCAUUCCUCUUCGUCGCAGCCUCGCCAACUUGCUUAACUAUUCUCUCCUACCUUCGCCCCAUCAAUAGACCACUCGCGCAAGCUCCCCAAAGUCUUCAUUAUGGCCGAUUUCAAUCAUUUCGGCGCCUCCGACGAGGAAAAUGCCGAGAUUAAGAAGUUAACUCUUGAAGUAGAAGCUGAUACCGACAACUUUGAGUCAUGGGAGAAGCUUGUACGCGCCUGUGAGGCUCAAGAAGGUGGUCUCAAUCGGAACUCCAGCCCUCAAGCUCUUGCCACACUUCGCGAUGUGUACGAUCGAUUUCUCCUCAAGUUUCCGCUUCUUUUCGGGUAUUGGAAGAAGUAUGCCGACCUCGAAUUCAACAUAUCCGGACCGGAAUCCGCUGAAAUGAUCUAUGAGCGUGGAUGCGCCAGUAUAACAAACUGCGUCGAUCUAUGGGCUUCUUACUGUUCAUUCAAGAUGGAGACCACCCACACCCCUCAUUUGGUCAGAGAACUCUUUGAGCGAGCCGCAAAUUGUGUCGGCCUUGACUUUUUAGCCCACCCUUUCUGGGAUAAGUACAUUGAAUAUGAGGAAAGACAGGAGGCACAGGAUAGAAUCUUUGCUAUUCUGCAACGAGUCAUCCAUAUUCCUAUGCAUCAGUAUGCUCGUUAUUUCGAGCGGUUCCGUCAACUCGCGCACAGUCGCCCGAUCAAGGAGUUAGUACCAGCUGAGACUCUUGCGCGUUUCAGAGCGGAGGUGGAAGCUGAGAGCGCCGCGUAUGGCGGAGUAGCGCGAACUGAGCUCGAGGUUGAAAGGGACGUUAGAGCAAAGAUCGACACUUUGUUCUACGAGAUCUUCCAGAAAACCCAAGACGAGACGACCAAGCGAUGGACAUAUGAGUCGGAGAUCAAACGACCCUACUUCCACGUUACGGAGUUAGAGAACUCGCAGCUUACGAAUUGGCGCAAGUACCUCGAUUUCGAGGAGGGCGAGAAUGACUUCGCCAGAACGAGUUUCCUCUAUGAGCGUUGUAUCAUCACGUGUGCCUUGUACGACGAAUUCUGGUUGCGGUAUGCCAGAUGGAUGUCGGCGCAGCCGGGGAAAGAGGAAGAAGUGCGCCAUAUAUACAUGAGGGCCGCUACCCUGUUCGUGCCUAUUAGCCGUCCGGGUAUCCGCCUUCAGUUUGCUUACUUCGAAGAAUCUUGUGGCCGCGUCGGCGUCGCGAGGGAUAUCCACGAAGCUAUACUGAUGCAGCUACCCGACUGCGUAGAAGCCAUUGUGUCUUGGGCGAACCUCGAGAGACGACAGAAUGGGCUUGAUGCCGCAAUCCAAGUCUACAAAGCACAAAUCGAUGCGCCGCAUGUCAACAUAUUCACGAAGGCGGUCUUGGUCACUCGCUGGGCGUUCUUGUUAUGGAAGAUUAAGGGAUCCGUGGACGAAGCGAGAACCGUAUUUCUGAAGAAUGUUCAGUGGUAUGCUGACAGCCGUCAUUUCUGGGAGAAGUGGCUUGAGUUCGAAUUAGAACAGCCCACGAAUUCAGAACUAGAGCCGCAACACACCGAACGCGUGAAGACGAUCUUCGACGAGCUAUUGGCAAAGAGCCGGAUUUCUUCGGCAGCCAAGAAGGAGCUGUUCCUGGUGUAUCUCUCCUAUCUUCAAGAGAGAGGGGGGGCAGAAGCCAUGAAGCAAUUCUUAACAAUCGAUCGUGAAAUCUAUGGACCCGCGUCGCUGUCAGUGCUUGAUAAACCCAUGUCCAAGGAAAAUGGGGUUCCGAGAACUCCGUUAGACGAAACUACUAGAGCGAAGGCUGAGAGCAGGUAUCCUGCGUAUUAUGAGUACUACAUGGAACCAGACUCUAGCCCACAAGGCACGGCACCUUUCCAGUAAGGUUGGAGGUUAAUCCAAGCCUCUAGAAGCUUUUUAGAAGGAUCUGAUCUCAAUGGGCGCGACACUCGGGAGGUAGAAUGAGGCAAAAGGGUCUGUACCAUACACGCGUUUCGUUUAUCCAAGGACCCACAACUAUAAUAGGAGCACAUCAGGUCUCUGAUGAUUCGGCAUGAUGAGCGUGGGGGAGGUUUCGUGUAUAAUGAACGGGAUUUUGCUACUGGAGGGUCAGGCUGCCCUCGAAAAUUACAAGGCAGUUCCAAGCACACUUCUGUUCUACAGUGAGUUAAUGAGUUAAUUCGAGAAUUAAAAAAAAAUAUAAAAAAGAAUUUAGAUCAAUUUGCCAA